AUGGAGCUCAAAGACUUGGCCCCGCGGCUGCUCCUAAAAGAACGUGCAAAUGGGGACAUCGAUCCAAAUGUUCUGACGAACAUCUUACGUGGCGGCAAAGCAGCGAACGACCGUCGGAAACACCUCAUCCAGAUAAUUGCGAGUCAUCCUGUCCUCUCGGACCGCGACAUGAUGUUCCGGAACCACACGGAGCGCUACGAGUUUGGCUUGAAGAAAGCGUUUUACUAUGUGAAAUUGCUCCAAGAAGGCAAUUACAGUGACGAGGAAGAUCAGAAGGUCCUGUACAAGGCCCUAAGUGAACCUUUGGGCGUGGACGUGCAUCGAGCCAUGUUCAUUCCGACGCUGGAGAACCAAGGGGACGAGUUGCAGCAAGCCAAGUGGCUGCCAUUGGCCAAGCAGUACAAGAUCCUGGGAGCUUACGCUCAGACAGAACUUGGGCACGGAUCAAACGUGCAGGGCAUCGAGACCGUCGCGACUUUUGAUAAGGCCACACAAGAGUUUAUUCUGGACUCGCCCACGCUCACAAGUCGCAAGUGGUGGCCGGGAGGACUUGGCAAGACCGCGAAUCAUGCGAUUGUGCAUGCGAGGCUGACUUUGGAUGGAAAGGAUGUGGGCGUGCAAGCUUUUUUGGUCCAGAUUCGGUCAAUGCACGACCAUAUGCCGCUACCUGGGAUCGAAGUGGGGGACAUUGGUCCCAAAGUCGGAUUCAAUGCCGUUGAUAAUGGCUACUGUGCGUUCCAUAAGAUACGCGUCCCCCGCGAAAACAUGUUGAUGCGCUAUGCGAAGGUACUGCCAGAUGGUACGUUUGUUAAACCCCAGAGCGACAAGUUGGUGUACUUGACGAUGGUGCGGAUUCGAGCAUACCUGAUCGAGACGCUGGCAACAUUCAUGGGAGCGGCUGCGACCAUCUGCACUCGCUUUAGUGCUGCGAGAAUCCAAGGACGAACACCAGAUCUUAAGGGUGAGUUCCAGGUGCUGGACUACCAAAAUCAGCAGCACGAACUCUUCCCGCUGCUUGCGAUUUCGUAUGCUGCUCAUUUUGCGGGGAACUCUCUUAAAGAGCUGCACGACACGGCUCUGGAUGCAAUAAAGAAGGGCGAGCCAAGGUUUGGCGCCAAGUUGGCUGAGCUGCAUGCUGUAUCGUCUGGACUCAAGGCCUGGAUUGCCGAACACGUAAGUGAUGGCAUUGAGACGUGCCGCCGCCUGUGUGGGGGUCACGGAUUCACCCAGUCCAGCAACCUCUCGCACAUUUUCGCCGAGAUUGUCGGAGCUAACACAUACGAAGGUACCUUUGACGUGCUCGUGCAACAGCAUGCACGCUAUCUACUAAAAACGCUGGCAUCACUUCCAGCAAACGAGAAUUCCACCAAGUUUUUGAGCCAGGUGACGCGCUACAGCGACAGUAAGCUCCGUUGCGACGCUGAGACUCGUGAAGAUUUUGAUAAUCUGGAUUUACUUCUGGAAGCCUUUCAAGCGCGAGCUGCGCGCAUUACCCUCAUGCUGGCUAGCCAUAUGAGGGCUGCAAACAAUGACGGCAACGCGUGUAUGGUGCUCAUGGCUCGAGCGUCUACCUCCCACGCCGAAUUGAUACUGCUCGAAUCGUUUGUUCAUGGAGUUCGAAACAUACCUCCCGGUCGCGAGCAGCAAGCAGUAGCGCGGUUGUGUUCGCUAUUCGGAGCGUGGCUUAUCAUUAAAUCACUCGGAGACUUUCGGCAGCAUGACUAUCUGUCCACCGACCAGGCGGACCUUGUCCGCGAGCAAGUCGUUCACCUGCUUCCAGUCAUUCGCAAAAACUGCGUGCUGCUUACAGACGCCUGGGACUUCAGUGAUUUUGAGCUGAACUCCACAAUUGGGCGCUACGACGGUGACAUAUAUCGUGCUUUGGUGAAACGGGCUGCUGACGAGCCGCUGAACAAGACGCAAGUUCCGAAGGGCUAUACGAAGUACUUGAAGCCGCUGAUACGAUCCGAUUUGUAG